GAGACGAUAUCUCGUUAUCGAGAAUGGUGCAUGCACAGCCGCAUUAUUCAUUUGAAAUCCGACAAGUCCGUUCACGUUUAUUCUUAAUUCGUCAUCCUCGUCCAAGACAUUUGAAGAAGAUGAGGAAGGAUCUUGAUGAGUUCCUGGAAGAAAUCUCAAAACUCAAAUCAGUUCCGGAAAUAAUAUCCAGAAUUGACGACUAUCUUAAACAAAUCAAAGAGGAGAUCAGCGAUCUAGAUUUAGCCAAGGCUAUUAUCGUCGAGAGGAUGAGGAUUCGCUCCAUAGAAAUCGCCGAGUUACGUACCUUAAAGCAAACUCUACUCCGGAAGAACUGAGGAUCAAAAGAUUCAAAUUAAUAAAUUUCAUUCUAUAAUAAACGCGGUUAAGGGGUUUUUUGUUUGUGUUUUUUUCUUUAACAUCUAUCUUAUCAUAUGCA